AUGCUUAAAAUGUUUACAUCAAUCAUACUAAUUCUUAAAAUUGCAAGCAUUAAUGGACAGAACUGUUCUCCCACGUAUUAUGAGACCAUCAGAAGAGGUGAGUCGUCUACGUACAUGUCUAUUUAUGAAUUAGAAUAAUGUAUUUAAAGCGUGAAGAUCUACAUAAAGUACCAAAAUCAGCCAUAUACAGAGUUGAUAAAUGAUAAUCCUCGAUUUUCUCUAUAUUCCAUUAACCAGUUUUUUCAACAUUUUACUUUUACGCAGGAGGUCCACGUUUACCUCCAGAUGAGGUCAUCGCGAGCCAUAGUGUUGAAAACCCAGCUGUUCAGAUAAAGUGCUACCAUCUUUGUCAGAAAGAACCAAAAUGUGUUGGAUUUAACUACAGAAUUAUAACAAUCAAAGUUGAAAACUGCCAACUGACCAACGUUACUAAAAAGAGAGAUACAGCAGCAUCAGGAGAUUGGAUAUUGCUACGAGAUAUUGAAGCG